AUGCCCUCAACUGAAACAAUCAGAAGCAGACAGUCAAUUGUGUCAGAAAACGCACCAUAUUUGGGAAUUUUCACAACUCUAGCCAGUUACAAAGAGAAGCAGCUAAAGGAACUAUUUGCGACAACUGUAUCACCUGUAAAGUCGUCUACUGAAGCCAUUCUAUUGCCAGAUUACGUAAAGGAUUCAUCCCCAAGUUUGGGCAAAGAAAGAGUAGAUAAAACUAGCGGGUUUUCAACUGACAGUGUCGACAGCUUUGCUGAGCCAACAACAACAGUAUCACCAUUGAAAGGCGGGUUUCUUUACAGCCACCUGAAAAAUCGUCUUCAAGUGAGCACCACUGCUGACUACGAUCAAACUACGGCCGAUCUCUCCACACCAGCGACUAGCGUUGAGGAUAUAACUGACUCGGCGUUUCCCUCUAAUGAACGUUUUCCCAAGCAGAGUGAGCUCAACAGCAACAGCGAGUCCAGCACAACUUCCUCAAGGAAAAAAGGCCCUGAUUUCUCCUCUCAAGCAGUGACCACAUCAGCCAAUAUUGAAAGUAUUGUGGUCACUCCACUUGAAAUCGCCUCAUCAUCGAUUACCACUACCAGCUCUAGCAACAUUGACGACAUUGGUCUUGUGACCACAGGCACCAACUGGAGUCCUGAAAGUGCUGAAAUCCAGAGCACUACAGUGAAAAGCAGUCUAGCGGAGAUUGUCAAGGGCGAAUCAUCGGUGAGUGAGCAAGAAGAGGUGGCCACUGAAAACCCAACCAAGCAGUUUAUUAGAGAGCUAAUUGCCCUCAAGGAGCGACAGGGCACACUGAGCACCGGUGCAAACAGUACUGCUCUUUCCUCUUCUUCUGAGCCGUCUUCAUUCACUUCAGGGUCACCCCUGACCACAGCCAGCAGCAUUAGUAGUGAUGCGGAUGAAACGCACACUAGCAUAUCAGUGGAGGUGAACACUCGCAGUUCCAUCUCCUCGCAAGGGCCAUUGUUUUUCUUCUUCACCACUACCCGCCUGCCUGCAGUUGAUGAUGAUGUCGAUGUGGUGGUCACUGAAUCUAGUUCAAAUGUAGGCGCCGUAGUUCCCACUGAACCGACAUUUGAAAGAGAAAACCGAAUGCUUCCGUUUGCAUUCUACAAUAACCAGGCGGUCGGUAAACCAGUCGAUGAGGGCCAUUUUGUGUCCAGUUUUCAGGAUUUUUAUUCCGAUACAGACAUAUUCAAAGGAAUGAUGCCAGUUUACGUGUCUAAAAUCACAAACAUGACAAACAACGUUGAGAUGAAUAGCUACUGGCUUGGCAACAAUAAUGUCAAAUAA